GAAGAACGUAGACAAAAAAAUAUCAAAUUUAAGACCAGUCCAGGUGAUCAUAGAAGAAGUAAUAAUUAUUGGAUCGUCCAAAAGAACUUAUGUCAAAACCAGUAAAGCAUAAUUCCAUAUUUUUUGUGGAUCUAACAAACUUAAAUCGCAAUACAAAAUUUUGAGUCCCAUUAUGGCUGGAGGAGCAUAUAGAAUGGAUUUGUACUACAACAGUGCUUAGAGACCUGCAUGUGAGCCCUUGUCUCUUUGUUCUUUUAGUUUUUUUCUUUUUUAUCAAUAUUAUGUUAGUAGGGUGAUUCGAAUCCAAGACCUAUUUAUCAUUUCAACUCUUAUGUCUUCCCUCCAACCACCAGCUCCCUUAUAACAAUUGAACAUGCUCAAGGUUAUCAGGUAUGUACAAGGUUAAAUAUAAUAAAACUUCUUUGUAUUCAGGAAAAUAUGGGAUAGAUAUUUUUUGGUGUCUAAACAAGCAAAUCUGGUAAAUGCUAAAAACUUUGGGUAAACUGUUGUUUACAAUCACCGGGUUUGACUACUUCUCUUUGCAACCUAAUGCUGGUGCUGCUGGAGAAUAUGUUGGACUGAUAAUUAUUCACGAACAUCAUUUGGUAUGGUGAUUUUAGUCAUUAUUAUGAACAUGUUUGUCUUUUGGGGUCAAUGUUAGUUACUCGGGUAGUGUGGCUUCUAUUGAUAUUUUAAGUUCACGAGUUAUUCAUAGUUUUGUCUGAUUUACUUUAGAUAAAGAAUUUUCCGGUUGCUAUUUAAUUUAAACCUUUUAUGUAGCUAUUCAACCAAAAAACGAUUACCUUAAUUUUUUGUUUUUUGUGUGUUUACCUAUUCCUGCAUAUCUAAAGCAGGUGAAAUGCUUUCCCCUACAUUACCGCCUUUGAUAAAUAUUCUGGAAUUUCUGUGAUGCUUACUUCUUUUGGCAAGGGGAGACCGGCCACCACUGCAAUGUUUGCAUUAUACCUGUCUCAGCACUGAUGCCAUGUGUGCAAUGAAAAAUGUAUCUGUUGGAACUGAUGCCAAGGGAAACAUCAAUAUUGAAGAGUUGAGGAAGGCUGCUGAAACACAUAAGGACAACUUAUCUGCACUUAUGGUAACAUAUCCUUCAACCCAUGGUGUUUACGAAGAAGGUGUUGAUGAGAUAUGUAAGAUUAUUUAUGGUAACGGAGGUCAAGUAUAUAUGGAUGGUUUGACUUACAAGCCCAGGUUGGAUUGGAGAAGAUGUUUGCCAUCUGAAUCUCCACAUAAUUUUUGUUACGUGUGAUAAUUUCAUAUUAUCUAUGACAUGCAUACAUGUUUUUAGUUUCAUAUUCAUUAGAAAGAACAUUGUUCUCACAAAAAAAAUCAUCUUUAACAUCCUUGAAACUGGAUGACAUUGUUUUCUCCCUGUCUCAAUCUCAUAUGGUCAAACUGAGAUCCCUGUAAAGCUAGCACUUGUGCAACUUUGUUGUGUUUAGUUAUAUUGUUUAUUUUUCUAUUUGUUUGUAAUUAAUUAUCUGUUACAUUAUUCAUACUCUGCUAAAUUGUUAGGUAUUUCUAAGGUAGAAUACUGCUGGGAUAGAGCCUGAAGAUGUUGCAAAGCGCCUUAUGGAUUAUGGCUUCUAUGGACCGACAAUAAUGUCAUUUCCGGUGCCUAUCACACUCAUGACCGAACCCACUGAAAGUGAAAGCAUAUAUGAUACAUGGUCAUGUAUCAACUUAAAAGCUGUUGUGGGCAACAGAUUUUUUUUUAUUAUAUAUAUAUACGUCUAAUUAGCAUAGUGUAUCAUCUAGCAAUAUACUGUGUUAUUUCUAGAUGUAUUUUAGUAUUAGGGAUUAGAUUGACUGAGAACUACUAACUUAAGAGAACAAAUUUACUUUUGUAAUGUUAAAAAGUUUUUAUUUUUGAUCGGCUUGUAAUGUUAAAAGUUAAAUUCAUAUUUU